GAUGUCGCUCCCAACAGAACACGGGCCGCCUGAUCCAGUAUGAUCCGGUGCCAACCGACGACAUCCAGAUGGAGGAGGUGGGCUUCUACGACAAGUGGCUGGAGGUACUGCACAAGUUCGUGAUGCCGCUCCAGCAGAAGGUCUUCAACGGCCACAUUCGGGAGCCUCCGUACGCGGGCGCCAACUUCGUGGUGCGCUACACGCCAGACGUUCAGCGCGAACUGAGGCCCCACUGCGACAGCUCCACCUACACCAUCAACAUCGCCCUCAACCGGCCCCGGAUCGACUACGAGGGAGGCGGCUGCUACUUCACGCGCUACAACUGCUCAGUCACCGACUCCCGUCUCGGCUGGAUGCUGAUGCACCCGGGGCGGCUGACGCACGAGCACCAGGGCCUGCCCACCACCAAUGGCACGCGCUACAUCAUGGUCUCUUUCGUCGACCCUGACGUCUGAUUGGCUGGCCGCAGCCGGGCUAGUU